AUGGUUCUACAAGUCGGUGAGCUGAAGACAGCUAAAAAGGUGUGGGAAGCCAUUAAAACGAGAAACGUAGGGGCAGAAAGAGUGAAAGAGGCUAGGCUACAGACUUUGAUGUCAGAAUUCAAGCGUCUUAGGAUGAAAAAAACCGAGACCAUCGACGAUAUUGGAGGAAAGCUAGCUGAAAUCGCAUCAAAGGCAGCUUCUCUAGGUGAAACAAUCGAGGAACCGAAGUUGGUUAAGAAAUUUCUGAAGAGUCUUCCUCGACAGCAGUUAAUACACAUAGUAGCAUCGAUCGAACAGAUGUUAGAUCUUGAUGGAGAGGCGGAAGAUAGAUAA